GCUACUACCUCCACACCACGUGACCAACCGUCCAACCCUCACCGACACACUGUCCAAGACUCGGGUUAUAUUUUUGAUGCCAGACUCAAUGGCCCAUCGAUGAUGUACGUCCAUACAUAAGUGCAAUACCUUAAUCACUGUGUAUGAUUCCGUCGUGAUUAAAACGCGCCCCUGCAAUUUUGCUAAGUGUAUUAAAUUGUGAUUACUUACUCAACCGCGUUCAAUGCGCUGCCAGGGCCCACUGCGAACGCUCUUAGUCGUACGGGCGAUAUAGAGACUCGAAGCAAGGGAGGAAUAGGCAGUGGUAAGAUAACGCAUGCAGUACACGCUAAAGUUUCCCCUAAGUGAUCGCAUAAACAGUCGAUACCAGCACAGGCUUUCUCAUUCUACGCUGACUAUAACAUUCCAUGUGGGUUGUUCGUUGAUGAACACCGGUUCACACACACGGCCAAAACUUAAGACGUACUCAUCACCCAUGCCCGUUAUAUUCCGUCGGUGUAAGUUAUCAAGUUAGAAGCAUAAGUAGCCAGAACGCAUCCGGACAUUCUUCACUUCAUGACCUCUUUGUCAGACGUGUCACAACUAGCGAGGAGCAAGACGCAUCUCUUCUCGUCAUCUUAUUAAAUCAUAGCGAGUCACUCCAUCAUUUUCACUCUCUUCCCCCUUCCUCGCGGGUUCAGUUUUUAAAAACUCUCCACAACAUCCGAAAUAUUAGUACUGUGCAGGAUGGAUUACUCCUCUUAUCUCAGCCAAAAUGCGUACGAGUCCUGCCUGAGUGGGGUUGAGGGGACCGGACUGGGGAUCCAGACCUCUUACGGAGAGUUUCCUGGUGCCGUAAGCUCCCAACCAAGUCAAGGGUACCCCUACAGUAGUCUACGCCCCUCUGUAAGCUAUGGGAGCGGUGCAGGAGGAAUGGCUGGUACAUGUAAUCUUGCCUCCAUGAUGGAACAUCAGCAAGUACCACAGUGUUCUCCUUAUUCCGGAGCCUACCGGAGUGGUCGCUCGCCGUCAUCUCAACAAUAUGCCGGGGUUCCAUACAUGCACCGUAUCCUCCACGAAGGCUCAGCCACCAACGGCCUUCACGAGAAACGGAAGCAAAGACGUAUUCGUACAACGUUCACUAGUGCCCAACUCAAGGAACUGGAGAAGGCAUUCAAUGAGACCCACUAUCCAGACAUCUAUAAGAGGGAAGAAUUGGCUCUUAAGACAGACCUCACCGAAGCAAGAGUACAGGUUUGGUUCCAGAACAGACGAGCCAAAUUCCGCAAGACUGAAAGAGCAAACACCGCAGCAGCAAACGCAACAACAAACAACAACAACAACACUACAACUAGCAACAGUAAUAGCACCAGUAAUGGUAGCACUAACAACAGCACGACCAAUGACACAACGGGUAACACGCAGCAGGGCGGCCAUGGUGCGGGGCAGACGGGUGGGCAAACCACAGCGCAGACACCCACAGCUAAGGCCGUGACAGGGGGAACGCCUUCGAAGAAGAGGAAAGGUGAUGAGACGUCGCCGGUUAUUACCACGAACGCUACCGUCUGCACGGCUGCUCCUACAGGUUUAACCAGCACCCCAAGCGGGGUUAGCACCACCACGCCCCUGACCACGCCCUGGACCGGAACUACAUCCACCACCCAGGCCCUCCACGGUCCCUACUCAACUAUAUUCCCCACUCUGCCACACGUUGCCCAUGCUCAGAUAAAGUCAUCUCACAUGAAGAGUCCAUCCCACGCGUCGCUAUUCCCACUCAACUACUGACUGCUUGCAGCCAACAUGGCCGGCAAAGAACAAGAUGGCGGCGACCAUGCCAAUUUCAUCCAGUAAACUUUAACUUCAAUUUGUGAAGGCCAUAUUGGAGAGCGACCAUCGGUUCCUUUGGCAGCAUGAACAACGGUUGCCCAAAUAAGAGUUGCAGACGUUACAAUUUCAGUACUCCAAGGGCAGGCAUUUUGUUAAGACCAAAAAAUCGUUCGCCAUUUUGUUUAGACCAACAAAUCGUUCGCCAUUUUGUGCAAAGUGGCCAUUUUUGUAAAUGACUAUUGUAUUUUUGUUGUGAUAGCCAUUUUAUCGAGCAACCUCUACUUAGAUCGACUCUUCAUUGGCAAACCAUGCUAUGUUCCAUUAUGGUUCCUCGGUGGAUGGAUGGUGACGUAGCUGUGACGUUGGUCAGACUACAGUGACGUGUGCAAACUGGUUUCCUGACUUCAGACUGUUUGCAAAGUUCAGACCCAGGCGCCUCUCAUUGAAUGCUGUUCGACGCCCAAACUGUUGAAGAUGAAGCAAAGACAAUGGCACUGGGUCGCUGUAUACACAAAGACGAGGGUGUCAAAAUUAGACGUCGUGUUACCUACCUUUUAAUUAUAGUUUGUUAAUAGAGAAUACAUAAUCGCGCAAUGUUAAUUUUACUAUUUGAGAAAACGAUCCAGGUUGAUAUAUUAAUUUCUACUUCUUUAUUUCUUAACAAAAAGAAACUUGCCAAAAAAGUACUUAAGUUGUUUGUGUUUUACACCGUGCUAAAAAAAGUGUGUUUAUCUAGAGAGUGUUAGAUUCUAAAUGAAUUGUAUAGGUAGAUAUUUUAUGAUUUCAUAGGAUAAGGAGAACUACUAACUUCUUUUGCACCUAACCUGUAUUUUCUCGGCCAGGUGUAUACGAAUGCACAUUCACCAAAAAUCAUGUAAAAUAUUUCGAAAGCACAGGGACGUUUAAUAAUAAUUGUAUAAUGUACCUAUCCAAACGUGUAAAGAAAAAUGUCAAGGUAAAACUGUUCACAUUUUUGUUGGGUAAAAAGUUGUUUUCUAUUUGACUAUCGCCUAUAACAAAACGAUUUUGAGAUGUUUGUUUAUGUAUUUUUGUCAAAAAAAUACCUUUAAAUCCAACAUCGGUGACUAAUAUUUAUUUCACAAAAAGGAUUUUAAGCAAACAUGUUUUAAGGGGGGGGGUUUCCUAACAUGUCCAUCUUUAUGCCUAUACCAUAAAAAUCACUUGCAAAUCUCUGAAUACUUGUGUUUACAAUUUUGCUAAUGUUUUGCACACCAAUAUGAUGGAUGAUAUGCAAAUAUUUGAUGCAUAAAUUAGUGCAUUGUGGCAGAAUUUAAAAACAAGGUGAAUUAAUAGAUCUUCUAUUGUAUGAGGCGAAACCGAGGUAUAGACAGGCCAAAUUUCACCUAGUGGUUAUAUUCUACAACAAUGCACGGAUAAAAAGCAUUCAAUAUUUUGUUUUUUUAAACUCGCACAGAUCCUUGUUUAUUUGAAAUGUGUUCGCGGUAAACACAAAAUAGACACGAAAACAUGUCGUUCGGACAAAUAGGCGGGGACGUUUAUUUUGGAAACGAGGUUGUAGAGCGUCCAAUAUUGAGAGCUUGUCCAAAAUGAAAUUUUGGAGUGUCGCGAAAGUAAAUACAUGGCAAAAUCUUGGACGGCAUGUGGUGUGUGUUUCCACCAAUCGAAAUUACAUGGAUCUGUGUGUGUGUUUAAACAUUACCAAUCGAUUAAAUAUUAUAUAAUAUUGGAAAUCAGUCCAACACAUUUGACCAAGGACAAGCAACAAAUUACAUCGCUCUGUAUGAAUUUCAUACUUACAUAAUUAUCUCAAUCGAAGACUUUGAAGAAAUAUUUUGGUUAGAUUUAUAUCUUUUAAGUAGACUUGCUAAUUUGUCAUCAUUGUUUUUCUCGUCAAGUAAUUGUCGCCAUUUGUUUAAUUUUGAUUCUUUUUUUAUUAGAGUUCUGCGUGCAAUGUUUAAUCUCAGUUUAUUUUAUUGACAAACUUCUUGUUUUCAUUUUGUGGAAUUCCUUUUCACAUUCCUUCCCCUUUCUUUCUUUCUUUCUUUCUUUCUCCUUCUAUGAUCGUAUUUUGAGAACGAGGUUGAUGAUAUUUUCUGGACAGAUUUGCAGAUAAACAUCUUCACUAUUAUCAAACAUUGUUUUUUAUUACUUUAUAUUUUUUCCCUUCAAAAUCGGCGUGCAAUCUUAAUUUAAUUACAAUAUUUGACAUUCCUCAUUAUCUGAAAUCCUAUAUUUGAAAAUAAGGAUGGUAUUCCGCUUUCAUACCUUAAAGCGAUUGUCUUGCAUGAUUUACGAGAUGCUUAGAAUGACACCUAAUGAAUCUUAAUUGGACAGUUCAUUCAACCCACGUUGAAACUACACCUUUAAUCCGUAGGCGCAGAGCCCAAGGCGGGCAUCUUUUUUGUCCCUCUUUUCUUUUUGCCUCUGAUUAAAAAACAAGAGGCAACGACCGGCGCGACUUGUCUGCUUUUACCGCGUCACACGAUUGUCUUGAAUUGCUAGUUGCUCGAUCGGUCAUUAUUCAAAACUUGGGAAUAUUUUCUCGGUCAUUAUCACACAGCACUGUCAGUGUUUAUCCGUUUUCUCAGUGGAAGAAAAAAUGAAGUACCUAUUUCAUUCGAUCCAAUCCGGUCUAUUGGGAAAUGAUUACAGUAGUAACGUCCCUAAUUAAUAAAUUACGGUCAGUCGAAGACGACUCUGAAUAUUUUUCCUGUGGUCGUUAACAUUGAGACUGAUGUCCUUUGUUGGCGAAUGAUGACGUUAAUUCACUCAUAAUGUGGUUACUUUGAGAAAUAAUAACGGUCAGUAACGGUCAGUCACUGUUGAAUCAGUUAAGAUCCUUGAUCAUGAACGGUCAAUGCUGACGGUCUUUAUUGACAAAAAUAAUACCGGUUUUUCUUUUACAGAAGUAAACCAAUUUGCUAUGACAAGAGAUGUUAACAGUUUAAAAUGAUGGAUACCUCUUCAAGUUUUAGAACAGUGCAUUCAUUCCAACCUCUAGAUUUCAGGACACAUGUCAUCAAACUAAGCUGAACUUCAAUGCCAAAAUGCUCACGUUCAAUUCAGAAACGAACAUACCGUGUAUAUAAAAAGAACUUAUUUUAUGUUUUGUUAAUUAUGCCAGACAAACAGUUCACAAUUCAACUGUCAAUAUAUUUUCAACAAACAAAAAAUCGUCACUCACAUGCGUAUAACCCGAUUGAGACUGUAUUUUCUUAUCUACAAACACACACAAAUAUUUAUAGACGGGUGUUCUUUUUUAUCAAAAUGGAAAGGAUAAUAUGGCCCAAUUCCAUGGAGCUGCUUAAGCACAACAAGUAGCUAAGCACAACAACAUGCUUACCAGCAAAAGUACCGUUUUAUAUGUGUAAUUUGUGACUGGUAUCCUGCCAAUUUCUACUUAGCAGAAGGGGGUUAAGCAUUAAUAAGCAGCUCUAUGAAAUUGGGCCCUGAAGUUUUAAGAAAAGGGGUGCGAGGCCUGAGUGAUUUGAAACUGGAAGUCUUGCCCUUUCCAAGAAAGAAACUAUCUCGUGAUGAACUUGCCCGUUGGUAGUCAACUCAAGCCUGUUCCAGUUCGGCAUAGUCGCGUUCUGCGUCUCAAAUCCAAUCCUUAUCCCGUAAGACCUAAGGCCUGGACGUAUCUCAACACGGCAACUUAAUAUUUCCACAUUUUCAACAGUGAACUUUUUUAUUCCCGUACCGUACGGCAGUGAUAUCAUAUUUUAGAGUCAAUUUAGCUUAAAAUAGACCCAGGGGACAUUUGCUGUAUCGUAUAGUGAUCGUUCUCCUAUGAUACUAGAUCCGAUGUACACAAGCUGUUUACCACUGAUGGCUGUUUUUUUUUUACACAUAUCACUGAUAUGGGUGUUGCCUUUGCUGUUUUUUUUUCUUCAAACGGUUUAUUUUGUUUUACCUUAUCCAGAUCUCUAUCUGCUGAGAUGCUUUUGGUAUGACUGUUUCUAAUCGGAUACUAAGACUGCGGGCCCCUUCCACACGAUAGCAAUUUAGCAAGGGUCCCUUGUUAAAUUAUAGCAUGGUUGUAAAAUUUGUACAAAAUGUAGGUUUACCUCGUGUGAAAGGACAACAAUAUUUUGUCUACUGUUCUCUUGCAAAUUCUCUGGCAAAAUUUUGUCAAAUGUUGCUAUAUUUUACAACCAUGCUAAAAUUAAGCAAGGGACCGUAGUUAAAUUGCUGUCGUGUGAAUAGCACCUUUGUUACAUUUGGUUUGUGUGUUCUCUGUGAUGUCACUUUUGGAGAUGCAUUGUUGAAGGAAUGAUUGGGGAAAUUCCGCUGGCAAACCCGUUUUGUUUUGGUCCAAGAGAUGUCUUUCGGCCACACUG